AUGUCUGGACGCGGAAAGGGAGGAAAGGCGAAGUCGAAGGCGAAGACCCGUUCGUCUCGUGCGGGACUUCAGUUCCCCGUCGGUCGUAUCCACCGUCUCCUCCGCAAGGGAAACUAUGCCGAGCGUGUCGGUGCUGGAGCCCCCGUGUACCUCGCCGCUGUGCUCGAGUACUUGGCCGCUGAAGUUCUCGAGUUGGCAGGAAACGCUGCUCGUGACAACAAGAAGACCAGAAUCAUCCCCCGUCAUCUUCAAUUGGCCAUCCGUAACGACGAAGAAUUGAACAAGCUCCUCUCCGGUGUGACAAUCGCCCAGGGUGGUGUGUUGCCCAACAUCCAGGCUGUCCUCCUCCCCAAGAAGACAGACAAGACCGCUCGUAAAUCCACCGGAGGAAAGGCUCCGCGUAAGCAGCUCGCCACCAAGGCUGCCCGCAAGUCCGCCCCGGCCACCGGAGGUGUCAAGAAACCCCAUCGUUACAGGCCCGGUACCGUCGCUCUUCGUGAGAUCCGUCGUUACCAGAAGUCGACUGAGCUCCUGAUCCGCAAGUUGCCUUUCCAGCGACUUGUUCGUGAGAUCGCUCAGGACUUCAAGACCGAUCUCCGUUUCCAGAGCUCUGCCGUCAUGGCUCUUCAGGAGGCCUCUGAGGCUUACCUCGUCGGUCUCUUCGAAGACACCAACUUGUGCGCCAUCCACGCCAAGCGUGUCACCAUCAUGCCCAAGGACAUCCAGCUGGCUCGUCGUAUCCGCGGAGAGCGUGCUUAA